UAUAUGCCUAAAAGCCGUGUUUUUUCUUCACCAUCAUCGGUUCCCUGAAUCUCGGGUUUUCCAUUUGUUUUAGUUCUUCUGUCUUUCCAUAAAAUCCUUGUCCAAAGAAGAAACACAACACAACACAAAAAAGUGUCAGAGACUUAUAAGAGGUUUCAGAUCGCCGCAUUUUGAUUUUCCUGGUUUUAUCCAAUAUUCAGACAUAAUAUAUCCAAGGUCCCAAAAAGAAUCUGCAGCUACAAAUUUCCAGGUUUUGACUUUCAUUCUCCAAUAAUAAAAGAAUGGAGGAAAAAGACUGGGCGAUACAAGUGGAGGGCAAGGGAGGGGAGCUUCCGACAUUACUCAGGAAAGUCACAGAAGAAGAAAUGGUUGGCUUCGACAGCGUCAUGCCCAUCGACAACGGCUGGCCCAUGCUCCAUCAUCACCAUCACCAUCACCAUCAUCAUCAAGAUCUCAGCCGUUUCCACCCUUUCAAUGCUUCGGGGGUGACGGAUCAAGAACCAUCGAGACCGGCCAUGGAAGCUAAUAACCAGGAAAAAGAAGACACAGAAUCGCCGCCAUUGAUGAUCAAUCACCAGAGAAAACAAUCCAUCUCCAUGCCUUCGUCUCCAUUGAGGCUGCUUGAACAUCUCGAGACUGCAAAACCCAACGUUCUUGUCCCCGACGCGAGAUCAUCGUCUUCUGACAUCAAGGGCUUUGUAACUAAAUCCGUGAAGUUUCUCUCGCAGCCGAUGCCAAGGAGCUCGACCUUCUUCAUCGAAAACGGCCAUGCCAAUGGCACAAAUCAUCAUGAUCAUCAUCAGAACGAUGAUCAUCAUCGUCAUCAUGAUCAUGGUUAUGAUCAUAAUCCAGCGAUGCGGAGACUCAAAGACAACAGGUACAACUCGUUCAAAACUUGGUCGGGGAAACUCGAGAGACAGUUCACGAGAAAACCGGCCCGAGCUGAACCGGAUGAAGAUGACGGGUCCAACCAAAAUGUGAUAACCAAUGAAGCCAUGCCAGUAGACCGGUACUAUGAUGCCUUGGAAGGUCCUGAACUGGAGACUCUCCGGCCACAAGAGGAGAUAGUUCUUCCGGACGACAAAACAUGGCCGUUCCUUCUCCGAUACCCGAUAUCCUCCUUCGGGAUGUGCCUCGGAGUGAGCAGCCAAGCCAUAAUGUGGAAGACCCUCGCCACUGCGGAACCCACAAAGUUCCUACACGUACCUCUGUGGAUAAACCAGGCUCUCUGGUUCAUAUCCGUAGGGUUAAUCCUCGUCAUCGCCUGCAUAUACUCCCUCAAAGUCCUUCUCUACUUCGAAGCAGUUCGCAGAGAAUAUUACCACCCUAUACGAGUCAACUUCUUCUUCGCACCAUUCAUUUCUCUCCUCUUCUUGGCCCUUGGAGUUCCACCGUCCGUAAUCAAAGAUUUGCCACAGACCCUUUGGUACAUUCUCAUGUUCCCUUUUCUAUGCCUCGAGCUCAAGAUCUACGGACAAUGGAUGUCCGGAGGGCAACGGAGGUUGUCCCGAGUGGCUAACCCGACCAACCAUCUCUCCAUUGUUGGAAACUUCGUGGGGGCUUUGCUUGGAGCUUCCAUGGGGCUGAAGGAAGGUCCGAUCUUCUUCUACGCGGUGGGAAUGGCUCAUUACUUGGUCCUGUUCGUGACUCUUUACCAGAGGCUUCCGACCAACGAGACAUUGCCUAAGGAGCUUCAUCCAGUGUUCUUCUUGUUCGUCGCCGCUCCAAGCGUCGCGUCCAUGGCUUGGGCCAAGAUCAGUGGCUCUUUUGAUUCUGGCUCCAAGAUUUGCUACUUCAUCGCCUUGUUCCUCUAUUUCUCCCUGGCCGUGCGGAUCAAUUUCUUCAGAGGAAUCAAGUUCUCGCUGGCUUGGUGGGCAUACACGUUCCCCAUGACAGGAGCUGCGAUAGCAACCAUCAGGUAUGCCACCGUGGUCAAGACUCCGGUGACUCAAAUCCUCUGCGUGGUCCUCUCGGCAGUAGCCACCCUCGUCGUGACUGCACUGCUCGUGACCACAAUCCUGUACGCCUUUGUCCUCCGCAAUCUGUUCCCAAACGAUAUCGCCAUAGCCAUCAGUGAUCGGCCUAGACCCAAGCAGCAGAGCCACCACCACCAUCGGUGGCUCAACCACCUCAAGAACGCUAGCUCCGAGAACAUCGAGCAUUACUUGAAGUUCACUGACUCCAGUGACAGCCAAAACGAUCUAGAAGCUUCCAAUGGCGACAGCCACAAGGAUCUAGAAGCUUCUAACCAUAGCUCAAGAGCCUGAUCCAAUCUUGUCUCCACGUUCAUAUCAGUUUUGGUUUCUCCGACACAUGUGAGGAGCUUAGUAAUCAUAGAUGUUGCUACGGUUCUGAUGAGCAUGCGUGUUAAACAUGCCAUAGGGCAUCUGUCUGGUCUGGUCCAAUCGAACAAAACCGGUUUAUGUUAGACCGGAAGUUAUGUGGUUCAACUGUUUGAGUCAUUAGUGUAAAUGGUCCGAGUGUAUGGGAACUUGUAUUGUCCCAAGUGUUCACUGUUUAAAAAAACAAAACUUCCAUAAAACCCAAGAUCUCAUAUGGGCA